GGCUCCGCCUCCGCCCGUGGCCUGGCGGCGGCGGCGGCCUCUCCAACCUUCGCGGAGGCCCCAGGAAGAGGAGCAGGAAAAGGAGGAAACGCAGGAGCCGCGCGUCUCUCAGGGUGCGGCGACGCUACCGCCCGCAUGGAGCCCAACGUGCGCUUCUGGAUCACCGAACGCCAAUCUUUUAUUCAGCGAUUUCUUCAGUGGACAGAGUUAUUGGAUCCUACAAAUUUGGUCAUUUCAAUUGAAAAAAUAGAAAAAUCGAGGCAACUAUUAUUAACAAAUGAAGAUGCAUCUGUUCGUGACUUGGAGGACCAACAGAUACAAGAAGCUUGGAAGAGAAGCCUUUCUACAGUGCAUCCUGACAACAGCACACUGAUCCCCGUUCCUUUCCGACCUGCAGCUUUCCUGCCUUUCACAGCGCCCAUGGUAUUUUUGUCGCUGGUGUCAGUAAAAAGUCUCAAGUCCAUGAUUUUACCUCAGUUGUCCUUCUAUACCUACAAUACUGCAUUCAACAUCAUCAAUGGAAAUGCAAGUUAUAAUCGCAACCCAUAUGAGAGUAUGUUACUAGGGGCAGGAGUAAUUGCUUCUACAACCUUUUUUGGAUUAUGCUCUCAUUUACUCCAAAUAAAGUUGCAACUGAAAAACAUUUUCGUAAGAAAAACCUUGCCUGUUAUCAUUCUCGCCCAAGUCAGUGGAGUGAAUGUUGUUGCGUCCCGAAGUUUCGAGUCCACGCGAGGGAUUCAGGUCAUGGACAAGGAAGGCAAUGUCAUAGGCUGUUCCAGAAGAGCUGGGACAAAGGCCGUUAAAGAUACAGCAACGUCCAGAGUCAUGCUGUUUGGGACCUCAGCUUUGAUUCCUGAAGUCUUCUCAUACUUUUUUAAAAGAACCCAGUUAUUCCUGCGCUAUCCGUGGUCACUGUGGACCCUGAAGCUGUCUUGUACUGUCCUUGUCAUGGGAUUGAUGGUGCCAGUUUCUUUCAGUAUGUUCCCGCAAACUGGACGGAUACAGUGCAGUAAGCUUGAAAAGGAAAUUCAGUCUGCCACAGAAGAAACAGAACUCUUCUAUAACAGAGGGGUGUAGGGGUCUCCAAUUAUGGGAAAGGUACAUAACUAAACAGGAACAGUUACCUUCAUAUGUGGCCAAGUUACUUUUACUGAAGCUGUUGGAAGACAUUCUCUGGUUUUGGCCCUUGCAAGAAGUUAAUUCUCACACUCCUUACCAAUUACAUAAAGUUGCUGUUUCAGUCACAUUUAUAUUCAAAGUGGGCUGCUUAUUUUACUCUGCCAUAUAAGCACUGGCAUCUUUUUCAAAGUAAUAUUGCUAGCAACAGGGUUAAUUGAAGAGUACUGGUGACUUAAGUUUGCCAAGUAUAAAUAUGGAUUAUUAAAGUUGUCUACUCAAGUACAAAAUUUAUGCAAAACCCUCAUACAGGCAAAAUGUUCAAAGGCCAAGAAAAAAAUUUCUUUUACAAGAAAGUGCAACUGCAAGGUCUUUUGAAUGAUCUUCGAGACAGUUCUGCAGAAAACUUAGUAGUUUGGCUCAGAAAGUAGAGCUCCUCAUGAGGAAUUAAAGUUCUUCCUAGAAGAAUACAAAGCAAAAUUUCAGGCAGCUUUCUGAAAGUAAACCAUUAAUUUGUGGCUACAUACUGAGACAAACUGGAACUUAUAAUAAUGAAGGCUUUCGGAUUUGCUGUGAUUUG